AUGGCUGGUAUAUCACUCAAGUCCGCCCUCGUGGCUACCCUGGCUGCCGUUGCCACCGCCAUGCCCGCCGCUCCCAGACUAUCGGAGCGCCAGCUCAAGAUCCACCAGGCCAUGAGGCGCCAGCAGGCUGCCGGCCAGGCUGCCGGUAUCACCGAUCCCGAUAUCUUGCAGUUUGCCUUGACCCUGGAGUGGCUCGAGACUACCUUCUACCAGCAAGGCCUCGCCCAGGUGCCCCAGCAGCAAUUCCUUGAUCUCGGCCUCACCCAGCUUCAGGUCCAGGAUCUCGCCCAGCAGGGCAAGGAGGAGGAGACGCACGUUCAGCUCCUGCAGGGUGCCCUCGCCCAGAAGGGCGUCCAGCCAGUGCAGCCUUGCCAAUACAACUUCGGCCAGUCGUUCUCUUCCGCCACCGCCAUGCUCCAGACCGCCGUCACCCUCGAGCAGGUUGGUGUCUCCGCCUACCUCGGCGCUGCACCUUUGGUUCAGGACCCCAGUAUCCUGGGCACGGCCGCAUCCAUCUACUCGAUCGAGGCCCGCCACCAGACCUUCACCCGUGUCGCCACCAAGGUCGCUGCCUCGCCGAACUCCUUCGACACCCCUCUGUCGCCGAAGCAGGUCUUCUCUCUGGCAGCUCCCUUCAUCGCCAGCUGCCCCCAGGGGAGCAACCUGGCCCUGACAGCCUUCCCCAACAUUACCAUGACCAACCCCGAGGUUACCGCUCAGAUCGCCACAGCCAGCCCCCAGCAGCUGCAGCUCCAGAGCGCCGGCGCAACCGGUGCCAUGGCAUGUGCCUUCUCCUCCGGCGACCUGCCCACCGGCACCAUGUUCACCCAGUUCGCCAACGGUGCCUGUGCUACUCCUCAGGGCCUGUCUGGUGUUGUCUACCUCAACCUCGUCAACUCGAUGCCAGCAACCGCCAAGAUCUCUGACGACAUCAUCACCGCUGGUCCCAUGGUCAUGGUACUGUCGUAA